GUUUCUUAUCAGUAAAUUGAAAUAUAUGUAUGAUCAAACGGAAAUCAAAACAGAAAGAUAGUGUUGCGUUAAAAAAAUAUUUUCAUUACAAAUCAAGUGGAUUUAACAACAUUUGCCAUCGACAAUGCCGCCAAUAAAAAAGGAAAGUAUAAUUUUUCUUGUGAAUGUUGGCGUUGUUCGACAUGGCAUGCAAAAUGAUUCACAAUUGCUGAAUAAAACAAAAUUUAUUCUGAAACAUACUAUUCAAAAAAAGAUAUUUCUGCGUCCCAAAGAUGAAAUAGGAGUGGUGUUAAUGGGAUCAGGAGAGGACAAUGUGGAGGAGCUAUGUAGCAUGCAAAUUGGAAAUUGGGAUUUAAUAGAAACUAUUGAAAAGUUGAAACCUACAAAUCAAAGUUGUUCCUGGAUGGAAGCACUUCAUAUUGCAGUAGAUUACAUUAAACGUGAAUGUGUAAACCAAAAUACUGAAAGAAAAAUACUGUUGUUCUCUGAUUUCAAUGAAGAAGAAGAGAUUGUGAAUCAAUUUGAAGUAGAUAGGAUUGCAGACGAAUUAAGCUCAGAAGGAAUCUUGCUUAUAGCAGUUGGAGAAAGAACACUGGAAAAUUUAGGCAAAAAUUCUCUAACGGCCAGUGAGGCAUUGCUUAUGGAAGUUCUGGAAAAGACCGACGGUCAGUAUCUUACGUUUGAACUCGCCACGUCCGAUGUACGUUUCUACAAACGGCCAUCUACAAGACCCAAUCCAUGGCACUGUCAUAUGAUACUAGGUGACUUCAGUAUACCAAUCGCUGGAAUAUCGAAAAUGCCAAAUGAAGUGACGUUUCCAAAAUUUGUACAAGAGGCCAGUACGUCUGGCGUGCCUGACGAGCAAGAUAGACCAAUUAAGAAUGUCGCUCAAUGGACGGACAAUAAUAGGGUUGUUCACACGAGAGAUAAUACUAUCUCCGGUUACGUGUACGGCGGCAGAGCUAUUCCCGUUUCAGAUGAAUCCAAAACUAACAUGACUCACAUAAGUACUGAAAAGUGUUACAAGAUACACGCUUUCACUGCGAAGAAAAACAUUCCUAUGGAAUAUUGGCUCUCGGACGGCUCGUAUGUUAUUGUACCGGCUAACGAGUCGGUAAGUGCACCGUUCUACAGUUUGGUACAAGCAAUGGUGAACAAAAACGUAGUCGCCAUAGUGGAGAAAGUCUACAGACAAGCUUCGGAAGCUAAUAUGAUGGCACUGUUCCCUAGCGUCGACGUACCAAGUGAACCUUGGUGUCUUAUUGAGAUCGGCCUGCCAUUCGAGCAAGAUUACGAGGCGAUAACACCGAGACCAUUGAAAUUCGUAAUGAGGCAACUGUCGAAAGAUCAGAACAAAGCUAUAAAUGAUCUGCUGGAGUCUUUAGAAUUACCGGACGCCGACGACGAUACAAACAAUAUCAGUGAGAAGUAUUUGCCAGGAUAUAUGCCGGAUCCUGGAGCACAAAACGUGUGGGACAUGUUAUCGGCUCGCGCGCUCAAUCCAAAUAAACCACUGCCGCCGGUCGCUGAUGAUGUGAAAAAUCUGUUAGAGCAACCAGAAUUCGUGAAAGAAAGAUGCGAACUGGUGAAAAACAGAAUCAACGAUUUGUUCUCUCUGGAAAAAAAGAAACCUCUCAAAAAGCGCAAAAGGUCGGCCGAGGAUACACAAACUGAUAAUGACACUGUAACUCAACAAUCGACCAUAGAAAACAAAACAGAUUCUAAAAAAGAUAAAAUCGAAGAAUCGAAAAACACAGAUGUAUCCAACGUGUGCAAAUUCGAUUUUGAUGAGAUUGCUGAUUUGUAAAAGAGCUGCCGGCAGUAACUAUUUUAUUAAUUGCAGGUUUUUUAUCAUUAUCGCUAAUUAUGUGACACUAUUAUAU